AUGAUGGUUAAUGGAAGACCUACUCCCGAUGUUUCUAUCAUUCCAGUUCAGGAGUGGAGUUUGGAGAGUUUUCUCCAACAUCGUCCCUACAGGUUUACUGGCAAAUGCAGUCCAGAUGAGGCCGAUCAUUGGUUCCAAGAUAUGGAGCGAAUCUAUGAAGCCAAAGGGUGUCCGGAUGAGAAGAAGCUAGCCUACACCCAGUACUUGUUGACAGGAGAAGCUGGACAUUGGUGGAACAGUGUGAAGAUGAUCUUGGAGAGGAACGAGACUCCUAUCACUUGGGAGUUGUUCAGAACUAAAUUCUACACUGAAUACUUCCCAAAUAGUGUCAGGUUUGCUAAGGAAGUAGAGUUUCUUGAGUUGACUCAGGGCAACAGAUCGGUAUCGGAGUAUGCAGAUCGUUUUAAACACUGCUUCGCUUCAACAUCCCAUGUCAUAGAUGAAGAAUGGCAGUGUCGCAAGUUUGAGAAUGGCUUGAGGAAGGAUAUAUUACUAGUAAAGGAUUGUGCAUUAGAGAAUUCUCCGCUUUGGUAG